UCUCCGAGCCCAACCGGCCGUGUGUGCCAGUGUUGGUUGCCCCGAGCCGGGGCCACGGGACGCACGGGAGCCCUGAGUUCGGUGCGUCCUGGACUGGGCAGGAGCACGGGUCCGGUUCGCUUUUCCUUUGCCUGACUAGGCUGCGAGGAGGGCACGGGACCCGGAUCCCUGGCCGCAGAGGAACAGCUGGCCGGGACCGGGGGACGCCGGCGCUGACCAUCGGCCCGCCGUCAUGGCCGACCACCUGAUGCUCGCCGAGGGCUACCACCUGGUGCAGAGACCGCCGCCCGCCGCGCCCGCCCAUGGCCCUCACGUGCUCCGGCCGCUGCAGCCGUGCGCGGGCCCGGACAGCGGGUUGCGGCCGCGGGGGCCUCCGCUGGGCCCGCCGCCGCCCCCACCCGGGGCCCUGGCGUACGGGGCUUUCGGACCGCCGUCCGCCUUCCAGCCCUUUCCGGCUGUGCCGCCGCCGGCCGCUGGCAGCGCGCACCUGCAGCCCGUGGCGAUGCUGUACCCGGGCCGCGCGACUGCGCCCCCCGGCGUCCCGGGAGGCCCCCCGAGCCUGCAGCCGGCGCCCGGCGCCUCGGCCCCGCCGCCGCCGCCCCCCGUACACGCCCUGGGCGGCAUGGACGCCGAGCUCAUCGACGAGGAGGUGCUGACGUCGCUGGAGCUGGAGCUCGGGCUGCACCGCGUGCGCGAGCUGCCCGAGCUCUUCCUGGGCCAGAGCGAGUUCGACUGCUUCUCGGACUUGGGGUCGGCGCCGCCCGCCGGCUCGGUGAGCUGCUGAGCGCGGCCGCGCGCCUGCCUGGCGUCCCCGAGAGAAGGGGGCCUGACUGCCUGCCCGACUCCGCGCCGAGCUCCUGGGCUCCGCACGCACCCUCCGUGAGGGUGGAGGCAGCGGGUUGGUGCCCGGAGCCCACCCCAGGCUGGCACGCCUGGCCUCACUCCAGGCCCUGCCUCCUGCAGGGUGACAGUUUGUCUUCACCUCUCUGACCCGUAGCCUCAGCGGUAAAGAGAAGGGGACUGGUCCCCCUUCCGGACUCCUCGUUCUUGGAUUGUGCCCUCUCGGACUCUCCCCCGCCCCAACCCAGCCCACAAUCUGAGCCAUUCCAAGCCUCUGCCUGAUUCCCCUCUCUCCUUGUGCAACCCACUGCGGUCACUGGGUCCCUGGAGCCGCCUAUACACUGGGCACGACCCCUGCUGCCUGGGCCCUGAGGUCCUGGGCCUCCCGCCUGGAGGAGGGGAGGACUGUACAGCCCAAACCCCUGCAGAGUGGAGCAACGCCCCAUCUGGCCUCUGAAACCAAAAUAAAACUGGGUCACUUUAUAGUCUUGUGUUUUCGUUUCCUUCUCACUCCAACCCUUGACUCUAUUUGGCUUCUAGAGUCCUGAGGCUGUUGGGGACUCUGGGUAGGAUGGAGGCGACAGCCCUUGGCAGUGCCCAGGAGAGGAAAUUGACAGUUUCUUUCGAAAAUAUCUGUGGGUUGUGCAAUUGUUAUGUCAUAAUCUGGAAGGCAGAGGCUGCCACCGCCGGGUGGCAGGGUAACCCGAGGGCACCAACGUUGGACUUUCCAGUUGCUGGGAGGGGUGGGGGGAGCUUGGUGGUGCUGCCCUCACCUGUUUGCUCAGGGCAGCACCGAGGCCAGAGGGGAGCUGGGUGGUACCUGGGCUCAGACAGCCCUGGCUUUGAACUGUGGCUCUCUCCUUGUCCAAGACACCAGCCAUUCAGGUUUCUGAGGCUAUUUCCUCGGAGACAGAUGGUCCCAGUCUCAGGUGGUUGUGGGGAUUAAAUGCAAUGGGAGGCCUUGAGCAGAAGUGACAGACACCUAGGCAGCCCUCAAUAAAUGAUAACGAUGAUGAUCUGCAAACUAGGGCUAGCUUUAUUCCAGGCCCUGUGCCAGCCUGGUGCAUGCCCUCGAGGAGUCACAGUCCAGGUGGGAAUAGGGGGUGACAGACCUGGAAAUCAACUCAUCUUGGUACAAGGAAGCACUAGUGAGUGACGACUAGAAAACAGGUAGGACGGGCCAGUGGGCAAACCCAGAGGAGGGUGCGGUUUCAGCUGAUUGGUGGUCAGGUCAGUUCAGGCUUCAGGGAGGCGGUGACACCUGAUGUGGUGAGCAGAGCCUUGAAUGAUAAGUAUGUCUGUAAGACUUGGAGAAGGUGGCAAGUGAAGACCCCUUCAAAGGCAGGGAGGCAUACAAGUAUAGGGAAUGUAUGGGAAGGCAUGGCGUCUCUAGAAGGCACAAGGGUCAAAUGGCUUUACGGUAACUUUGUGAGGUAGGCACAGUCCCCAUUCUACAGAUGAGGGACGUGGAGUUGCCCAGGCCUGGCAGGAUUUGGCCUCAGUCCUGAUGACCAGCGUGAGCUCCUGGCCUCCCUCUGCUGUUGACUCUGGAAAGAUCCCUAGGUGCUUCGGGGGUGUGGGAGAAAGGCAGGAAGAGGGAGACUGAAGGCAGGCAGGAGAUGCUGAGGACCAGGGGAGGACAGGGAAGUGAAGCUGGAGAGGAGAGGAACACAAGGCUGAGACCUGUCCCCAGUGUUUGGGCUUCACUCUCAUGCCAAGCUCGUUUGUGGACAUGACUCUCCCUCCCGCCUGUGUUCACCCAGGGCACACUGUAUCAGCACCAGCUCCAGAGCCACCAGGACAGGUGUGGAGUGGGCAACAGGAGGUAUUUGGCAAGUGAAUAAAGAUCCCCUAAGAUAAUGAGGCCUCCAGGGACAGGAUGGGGAGCAAGAGCAGCGAGGCUUCUGGGAAGGGACUGGCCUGAGCUCUGGGCUCAGAAAGGCCAAUGCUUGCCCUGGAUUUGCCCAAAACCCCAGGCCAGAGACAGAAACCAAAGGGCUAGACUGGGAUGGGGGGCGGGGUCUGGCCCUGGCCUGGACACUGCCCUGAUUCCCUUCUCUCUGGGCCUCAGUUCUCUUCCAGCGAAAUGGAGUUAAUAACCCUGCCCUGCUAUUUCACAAGGCAAUAGGCCUCACGCUAAGUGAGGAGCAAAUGCAGGGAUGGAAUGAUAAGCGUUUGGUAAACUCUAAAUGCUCUCCAUAUGGAAGGGGUUACAGUGAAAACCCAACACCUGCCUCUUUCUAGAGUUAAGUGGGGGUAGAAGAGGGAGUCCAGCUGCUGAGCUCUUUCCCGCCCCCCAUCCCUCCCAGAGGGGCUGCUGACAAGUUGGACAGCAGAAGGUGGACAGAGGAGAAGGUCAGGCUGGGGCAGCCCACCACCUGAAUCCCCAAAUCCCUGAUACUCUCUGGAGGAUUCUGACCCUCCCAGCUGGACGGGAGGAUGGAGUGUCCUUCCUGCCAG